AUGGCGGACGAUGAGCGCAAGCAGCAAAAGUCUUCUACCAGGUUUCCAGUCAAGUCCACACCCAGAAGCAAAGCCGAAGACCAUGACGACCCUUCGACCGCAGAACGAUCAACAACAUCCAUAAAGCCGCCAACUUACUCAGCACCCAACACGCCCGCUUAUGCUCGCGGCACACAAUCAUCAACAGGGAAACAGAUCGAUGAUGAACAAACGUCAUCAUCAUUCGCUCUAAAGACAAAAGCAUCGAAGGAGAAGCAGGCAGAUAGAGGGCUUAGCACUCCAAAAAAAAAAACUGCGAGGACGACUUCCGCUGCUAAUCGGAGAGAGGGUGUCGGUUCUGCGAAUGCUACUCCAAGUGUUCCUACUCGAAGACAGAAGGGUAAGGGAAAGCAGCUAGAAACCCCUUUGCCUGAACCCGGAGCACGAAAUGGAGGCGUGAACGACCAGAAUGCUCAACCAUCUCGUCCCGAUGAGCAGCCAGAGUCUCGAGAAUGCAAAGAGGCGCCGUUGUCACAGAGCACGAGCGCAAAAGAUCCUCGGACUGAAGAAAUAGAACGUAAGAUGCAAGACGAGGAGCUGAUGGAUGAAAUCGCUGAGUUCGAGCGUGGUGUUGAAGAGGACAGGCUGAAGGGACAACGUGAUGGGCCUUUGGAAGCUGAAUUACAAGACGCGAAUGGGGUCAAUAUCGAGGAUGCGGUGAGUAGUAAUGAGGAGGAGUCUGGACUUCCGGUUGUCAUCCAGGGCGAGGUGGAGGCACAUGAGUCGACCAAACAGCAAAAUCCGAAGCAGAAGGAACAAGACCUACCAAAGUCCGAGGUUCAGUCUGUUGAGAUAAAAAACAUUUACGAACUGCAACGGCGUAAUCAAAAGCUGGAAAACGCUAUCAUUAAAUUACAGCAACGAAAUCAGAAGUUGGAAGACUAUCUGGCCGACACAGAGAUUGUUGCCACAAAUGCUGCGAUCGAGCAAGAAGAAGCAGCUUUGGCGGAGAUAGGUGCUCUCAGGAAGGCUGUCAAGAACCUGAACCAAGACGUCAGAACUAAAGAUGAUGAACUGGACGAAGCCAAAGCGAGUACCAGUACGUCUAGUGAGAAGCUCACAAGAUUGCGGGACGAUGUGGAGUAUCUCGCAAACGCACUGAAAAAGACCAACGCAGGCGACGCUCCUAAGACGAAGACUUUGAGGGAUUUGAGAUGGAAGCCUUACUCCAGCCCAGAGGCCACGGAUUUGCAUAUGCACAUCGCCCGCUUCACCAUCUUCAUGGAGGAAAAAUUGCAAGCUGCAUCGACUGACCUCGAUGUUAGGAACGAGGAGCUCGCGACAGCACAGAAAGAUAUACAGGCGCUAGAACAGUCAGAAAAAUACUGGAAGGCACUGAUGGAAAAAGAGCAGAAGAAGAGGGAGCAAGUAGAGUGCAGACUCGCAGACUGGAAAGUUAAGGCAGAGGCAAUGUACCAACCCGACCUAGGGGAAAAGAACAGAGAGCUCCAAACUGAUCUCUACACCAGUCAGGACAAGAACGCAAGACUGCAAGAACAAACCAAGACACUGAGGGAACGCGCUCAGCGCUGGGAAGCCGAAUUCAAAUCGAUCAAAUCCCGUGCUGAGAAAGAAUCCGAGGGUUUCGUACUCGCCUACGAGCAGCAGCGGAAGGACAUGAUGGUAUGCAUGAAGGAGUACCAUGAGAAACUCAACGAUCCGGCGAAUUUCGACCUCAAGCCUUUGCAUGAGAAGGUGCGGACGCUGGAACGCGAUCUUCAGGUCACCACCGAGGCAUUUGAUGCUGUGAAGAUGAGCAAGGCGCGUGUGGAAGAGGAUGUGUUGCCGAAGAUUUUGGGACAGAUGCGGGAGUAUGAGGUGGAGAUUGAGGGGCUGAGGGAUGCUUGGGCAAGGGACGCGCCGGUGAGGGCUGCGUAUGCUUUUAAAGCUAAGAAGGGAUACAGGAGCGACACAUUUACGAGCAAACAGAUCAUGGAGAAUGAGGCCAGCCAAGAGAAGACAAGUAAAAGCCCCGCUCGCAGAGACUCCGCCAUCGCUCCGCCCAAGAAGUUCAAACACGUACCACGCUGUCUUCACCCCAAAGAGACCGCACAGCGCGAAGCAGAGUUGCAGCAGCUCCGCAAAAAGCAAGAUGCGCGCAACGCCUCACAACACAACUUCGGGAUUAUAAUGAAGCGGGUACACAGGUGGCAGAUGGAAGACAGUCUAUGGGACAAACAAGGUUGGAGUUAUUGGCUCGGAAAGAGUAGUUGGGAUAUCUGGGAUGGAGCGGGAUGGAUGUCUGAUGUCCAGCUCGACAUGGAGACCAAGACAAUUCUUGUGGGCCUGCAAGAGCAGGGUAUUCUUGAUGUUUAA